AUGACAUGCGCCACUUGUGGAGGUCACCACGUGACUAUACUCUGCGAUCUAUCACGUCCCACAUCAGCCGCAUCAGACAACCCAGACCCAGGAGGACUUAGUGAAUUUACCGCAACAGUCGUGAGCGCACCAACCACCAGUUCCCGCUCUUCUGCUGUCUUGCUGCAAACUGCUAGAACGUGGGCUCUAGGGACACCGAGACACCUCCUACUGAGGCUGUUACUGGACAGUGGGAGUCAGCGCACGUUUAUCCGGCAGGACAUUUCUGAAAAACUGGGUUGUGAAGUCCUUGGCCAGGAGGAGCUUACUAUAUACACAUUUGGAAACACAGCCACCAAACGGUCCUGUAGACGAGUGGUUGUGACCCUCCAUAGCCAUCAAAGCAACCAGAAGACAUCACUUGAAGCACUGGAGGUCCCAGACCUCUGCACAGUAUCCAACCAGCAGCUAGAUGACAAUCUACUAAGGCAACUUCAUUCCAGCGGACCUCAUGCCGCAGAUAUCAUCCCUGCUGGGGCUCAAAGCAGAGUGGACAACGACGUCGGCGUUCUCAUAGGCUCAGACUUCUACUGGCAAGUCGUCACAGGACGGAUCCAGCACCUGACUGACGACCUCACCGCGGUAGAAACCAUAUUUGGCUGGAUGGUCCAAGGAACGUACUCUCAAGCCAUCUUUUACCCUUCAGCAAGUGUUACUGGGCAACGCCAAAAAGCGCUCACCGUCGACAUUGGCGCCACGCAAAUGACCAGGAAGAAACCCGUGCUCGCCGAGCGGGUGCUGGGCACCGUCCAGUGGUUCAACGUAAAGAAUGGCUACGGCUUCAUCCACCGCAACGACACGCGGGAAGACAUCUUCGUCCACCAGACCGCCAUCACGCGGAACCACCCGCAGAAGCUCACGCGCACCGUUUCCGAGGGCGAGACCGUCCAGUUUGACGUCGUCGUAGACGAGAAAGGGCGCGAAGCCGCCAAUGUGACAGGUCCCGACGGCGAGCCCGCGCAGUGCCUCCCUUAUUCCAUGGGCGGAAGACGCUUCGGAGGUCGUUGGUUUCCGAGACGGAGUCAAUGCCGACCGAUGCACAACCCGCUCCACGGUGUGCAGGACUCGGACGACUUCCAUGACGUUGUGCUCGUGCCGUACUCGCCGCGGCCGCAACCGCCACCGCAGCGACGGCUGCAGCCUGGGAGACCCUGUUUACGCCGCUACUACCGCCGUUACAGAGGUAUGACCAGGAGCUCGCUACCCGCCGAAGACAUAAGACCCAACUCCCAGUUUGAAGAGGAGGACGAAUACAGGGACACCCGAGUCCAGCGGAAGCCACAUCGACGCUUCUACGGGAGGUACUACCGCAGGCGUGGCGGAAGGUCUAGGAGUGAUCCAGAAGAGUUCGACUUCGAGCAGGAGCCCAGGAACGCGCCGGGUUUGUGGCGAAAGCCGAGACCUCGAUCGACGUCGGCGUCGGCGUUGAGGGCGUCCGCCGGACGUAACCGGGAGACGUUGUUAUUAUAAAGGACGACACGCCACUGCUCCUAUGGAAACUUGGAAGAAUAACAGCAGCAUUUCCUGGAAGAGACGGCAUACCAAGACUCUGCGCGGUUCGCCUUGCGAGCAGACAAGAAAUUCAGCGCCCUAUGCAAGGCCUUCUCUUUCUUGAAGGCAACAUAUCAAACUAAGAAUUGACACAGAACGAUGGACACCCCUUGUUUGCUACAAGCAUUGCGUUAUCAUGACUUCACUGAAACUGUGUGGGACUCGGCAAAGUGUUCAUUCAACUUGUUUGUGUAUUUUUGUAUUCCCCAUUGACCUUUCAUGAG